UUGUGUAGUUGUCUCAAGCAAGCAAAGAAAGAAAGGAAGAGAAAAGAAAAGAAAGGAAAGCCAAAAAAAAAAAGUCGGUCUAGUUGAUACUUGUAUUUUUCCUUCACACUUGUAUUAUAUUUAUAUAUAUAUAUAUAUAUAUAGGCUUUUAGGGGGGACUAAAAAGAGUCAGAGUUGUGGGAGAUUCAUGUAUUACUCUAGUGAGUGAGACUUUCUUCUGAUUUUCUGAAAAAGCAAAACAAAAGGGAAACUAGAAAAGAAGAAGAAAAAAGAUAGAGAAUUUGAGAGUAAUGGAGAUAGAGAGUGAAAUGAAGCAAUCAAGGUUUAGGAGGAUUUGUGUCUUCUGCGGGAGUAGCCAAGGCAAGAAGACUAGCUACCAAGAGGCUGCCAUUGAGCUUGGCAAAGAACUGGUUUCAAGAAAUAUUGAUCUGGUUUAUGGAGGUGGUAGCAUUGGUCUGAUGGGUUUAGUUUCACAAGCUGUUCAUGAUGGUGGUCGCCAUGUUAUUGGAGUUAUUCCCAAGACGCUCAUGCCUCGAGAGUUAACUGGUGAAACAGUAGGGGAAGUGAAGGCAGUUGCAGAUAUGCACCAAAGGAAGGCAGAGAUGGCUAGGCAUUCAGACGCCUUUAUUGCCUUACCUGGUGGUUAUGGGACUUUGGAAGAGCUACUUGAAGUGAUAACAUGGGCUCAACUUGGAAUCCAUGAUAAACCGGUCGGGUUGCUUAAUGUUGAUGGAUACUACAAUUCCUUGCUCUCAUUUAUUGACAAAGCUGUGGAAGAGGGAUUUAUUAGUCCAAGUGCACGCCACAUAAUUGUUUCAGCCCCUACUGCUAAGGAGUUGGUGAAGAAAUUGGAGGAGUACGUCCCUUGCCAUGAAAGUGUCGCUUCAAAGUUGAGCUGGGAAACAGAGCAGCUUGGCUACCCUCAAACAUUUGACAUCUCUAGGUGAUAACGAGGUUGCAAAGUUUGAUGAAUUCUGGUUGGGCUUUUGGAAGUUGAAGCAGUUAAUUUGGAGAACUUUUGGAUUCCUUUGUUUUGUGGAGGGAGUUUCCUCUUUUUCUUCUGUAAAUUACUGAAAUUGACCUACAAUAUAUGUGGAAAAAAAAAAAAA